AAAGUUUCUAUGUUAUAGGUAAAUCAGAGUACAGGACUUUCGUAGGAUACAAUCAUGAAGACUCGAUUUAAUACGUAUGAUAUUAUCUGUGGGGUUGCUGAACUUCAGAGGUUGGUGGGCUCACGCGUAAAUCAAAUCUAUGAUAUUGACAGCAAAACAUAUUUAAUACGGCUUCAUGCCAGUGGUGGCUCAGAAAAAGUUACACUGCUUAUUGAGUCCGGUACUCGGUUUCAUACAACUGCAUUCGAAUGGCCCAAAAAUCAGGCGCCCUCUGGGUUUAGCAUGAAAUUGAGAAAACAUUUGAAAAAUAAGCGACUUGAGCAUAUUCGUCAACUGGGAGCGGAUCGUAUAAUUGAUCUUCAGUUUGGCAUCGGAGAAGCAGCAUAUCACAUUAUUUUAGAACUAUAUGAUCGUGGCAAUAUUAUAUUAACUGAUUAUGAGCUAACGAUACUAUACAUCCUACGACCACACACUGAAGCCGAGACUGUACGAUUUGCCGUACGAGAAAAAUAUCCCCUUGAUCGAGCUAAAGUGGGAACUGAUGCAUUAUCAGUCGUUGAAUUGUGUGAUUUAAUAUGCAAAACCAAAGCCGGUGAGAGCUUAAAAAGAGCAUUGAUGCCAAUCUUGGAUGGUGGCCCAGCUGUGGUUGAACACAUACUGAUGGAACACGGUUUGGACGAUCGUGUAUUAAAUAGUUUGGAGAAAGCUGAUAAACCGCUGGAGGAAAAUCAAAAAAACAAAUAUCAAAACUCGAAAAAACAACGCAAGCAGCGCAACAAUCAGACCUCUAAUGUGCAGGUUAGGCCUUUUGAUAUGAUCUCCGAUUUGGCAAUAUUGGAAAAGGCUAUAAAGGACUCUUUUGAUAUUUUAUCAGCAGGACGCAGUGGAAACUCAAAGGGCUACAUAAUUCAAGCUAAGGAGGAGAAACCAAGAGAUAGUGAGGGAACUGAAUAUUUUCUUAAAAAUAUAGAGUUUCACCCUUACCUAUUUGCACAAAAUGCUGAACAACCAUUUACCAUGUUCGAAACAUUCAUGGAAGCUGUUGACGAAUUUUAUUCGACACAGGAGUCGCAGAAAAUUGAUUUGAAAACAUUGCAUCAAGAACGCGAAGCACUUAAGAAGCUGUCCAACGUGAAGCGGGAUCAUACAAAGCGAUUGGAAGAGCUCAACAAAGUGCAAGAUACCGAUAAAAAACAAGCUGAACUUAUUACAUCCAAUCAAGAAUUAGUGGACAAAGCCAUUUUGGCAGUUCAGUCGGCAAUUGCAAGUCAGUUGGCAUGGUCAGAUAUACAAGAACUUGUCAAGGAGGCUCAAACUAACGGCGACAUUGUAGCCUGUUCCAUAAAGAAAUUGAAAUUGGAAAUAAACCAUAUAACGCUAUUGCUCUCAGAUCCAUAUGCAAACUGCAAUGAGAUUGAAAACGAUAGAGAGCAACCGGCUGAUAAACAACAAGAUUCAAUGCUAAUUGAUGUUGAUCUUGCUUUAUCUGCUUGGGCCAAUGCUCGCCGUUAUUAUGAUAUGAAGCGAUCUGCGGCACAAAAGGAACAGAAAACAAUUGAUGCAUCGCAAAAAGCAUUGAAAUCAGCUGAACGUAAGACGCAUCAGACGCUAAAAGAAGUGCGUACUAUAUCAAAUAUAGCUAAAGCUCGCAAAGUGUUUUGGUUUGAGAAAUUUUACUGGUUUGUUAGCUCCGAAAAUUAUCUGGUAAUUGGCGGAAGAGACGCACAGCAGAAUGAACUUAUUGUUAAACGAUAUAUGCGUCCAAAAGAUAUUUAUGUGCAUGCAGACAUUCAAGGUGCUUCAAGUGUUAUUAUUCGUAAUGCAACGGGAGGGGAUAUUCCUCCCAAAACUUUAUUAGAAGCUGGAACUAUGGCUAUUUCAUAUAGCGUUGCGUGGGCUGCGAAAGUAGUGACAAAUGCAUAUUGGGUGACUAGUGAGCAAGUCAGUAAAACUGCUCCUACAGGCGAAUAUUUAGGUACGGGAAGUUUUAUUAUUCGUGGAAAAAAGAACUUUCUACCAUCUUGUCAUCUUAUAAUGGGCCUAAGUUUGCUGUUUAAGUUGGAAGACAGCUUUGUACAGCGGCAUGCCGGUGAACGCAAGGUUCGCAGCAACGAAGAAGAGGAAGAUAACGAGAAGGUGUACACAGCACAGUAUACAGCGAGGAUGACUCAACUAGAUGAACUUAGUGAGGUUAGCCAAGAAAAAAGUGAAAAUGAUUCAGAUAGUUUUCCUAAUACUGAGGUUAAAGUCGAGCACGAUACUGGAAGAAUCACAGUCAAAUCCGAUUUAAAGUCUGACUAUCAAAUAACUGAUGAUCUAGAGCACAAAAGACAAAUACCUAUUGAAGAUGAAGAAGAGGAGCUGGCCAUUAUAGAAGCGGGACCUACACGAAAAAAAACUCAAGUUUCUAAAAAGCGUAAGGAGGGGAAGAAAAACUCAAACCAAGCUGAAAUUCAAAAGUCGCAACUAAAUUCAAAUUUAGAAAAUGAGCCUACAAGUCCCUCCAGAGUAAAACGUGGUCAAAAGGGUAAGCUCAAGAAAAUGAAACAGAAAUAUAAAGAUCAAGAUGAGGAAGAACGCAAGAUAAGAAUGAUGAUCUUGAAUUCAUCUGGAAAAGAAAAAUGCCAUUUUACCGAUAUCAAAGAAGAAGAAAAAGCAAUCGCGACAAAACAAACCAAAAAAGUGCAAACGGAAAGUGAAUAUAAUCCAAGGUCACAAAUUGAAAUUGAUGAAAGUGAUGAUACCCCCGUUAGUGUCGACACCGAGUUGCUUGACACACUAACUGGACAACCAAUAGAUGAUGAUGAGUUACUAUUCGCUAUUCCAGUAAUUGCUCCAUACCAAGCGUUACAACACUAUAAGUUUAAAGUAAAACUAACACCGGGAACUGGAAAACGUGGAAAAGCGGCAGUGAUGGCAAUCAAUAUGUUCUCUAAGGACAAAACCUGCAACAAUCGGGAAAAGGAUUUGCUUAAAAGCAUUAAAGAGGAAGCUCUUGCUCGUAAUAUUCCAGGAAAGGUUAAAGUUUCAGCGCCUCAAUUGCAAAAAUUAAAGAAGUAAAAACUAACA